AUGGCAUCUCCCAAAGCCAUUAUCCAGAUAUUUAUUACUGGAACUAGGAUCUUGGGCAAAGCUUUCUGGGAGGCAGGCAGACAGGCAGCCAAAAAUGCCAGGUCAUCUCCUGCCGCAGCUAUGGGCAACGACUCUGCGGGUGUAGGGCACGCAACGUCCGGUUCACCCACCGACCAGCUGACACGCCAGCAUCGUAUGACGCUCGACGAGGCCCAGCUAAUCCUCAACGUAAAGCGCGGGGAUGAUAUGAAGCAGAUUCUUAAGAAUUAUGAACAUCUUUUCAAAGCCAACUCACCACCCCCGCCACCAGAAAAACCAGUUCCGGGUAAAAAGGCAGUUGCACCAACACAUUCUCACUACCUACAAUCAAAAGUGUUCCGUGCUCGGGAAAGAAUAGAAGCCGAGAUGAAAAUUGCAGAAGCUCCAAAAGAAACGCCGGCGACUGGCCCUAACCCUCAUACUAACCAUCCCCCAGACCCUCCGCAUGCAGGCCAGGCUUGA